AUGGGCAUGAAGGAGAUUACGAAACGUUUGGAUGCUGUCGGUGCUACUCGCCUAUCAGGAUGGGGACCGCGAGAUCCCCACUGCGACUGGUUGGAUGCGCUGCGAGAUAUGGCUGCUAAUCAAUAUCAGUGGUAUUCUCGUUUUCAGUCUCUGUCCAGAUUGCCUGAACAAGUGUAUGAAGGGCUUUGCCCCUUGUUACUUAACAUUGCGGCUUGUGAUAUGGCAGAAUUGAGCAAACUGGCUGUUACACCCAACUCGUUGGCCAUUUUCAUUUUGGCAACACACGGCUACGGUGAACCGACAGAUGACGCCCGUGAGUUUGUAGAGCACUUAAGACAAAGGACGACUAAAAUCACUGGGUUGCAUUUCGCAGUGUUUGGUCUAGGAAAUAGUGCUUAUGAACAAUUCAAUGCUUGUGCCACUCUGGUUGACCGACUUCUGCGCCGCCUUGGUGGGAUACGUUUGAUUGAAGUAGGCUUGGGUGAUGAACUGAACAAUAUGGAGGGCACUUUUCUGACUUGGCAAGCCUGUCUGCUGGAAGCGAUCACACAGAAUUACCUGGUUUCCGAUGAGAAGCUUCAGACAUUUACCAAUCGUAUGAGACGGGUCUACAAGCCGGCUCCUCUACAAUCGAAAUACGCGAAACUAUUCACUGGGGAACCCUACUCGCUAGGGUCUUAUGAACGACAGACAAAGCCGUUUGACGCGAAAAACCCAUUUUUGGCGCGUGUGCAAGUCAACCGAGAACUACACACCGGUGGGACGCGUUCCUGUCGGCACAUUGAAUUGGAUAUUUCCGGCAGUGAUUUUCGUUACAAACCCGGGGACCACGUGGCCAUUUUACCGAGGAAUCCAGAUACUUUGGUUCUCAGGUUCAGUGAAUUGCUGGAUAUCGAUCUAAACGGAGUGGUCAAUCUGGAGUGUGUUGACGAACGAAAUCCGCGAAUGCAUCCGUUUCCUUGUCCGUGCACCUAUCGGACAGCACUCACUCACUACGUUGACUUAUCCGGUCCCCCACGCUUGCAGUUGUUGACUAUCUUAUCUGCUCACGCCACUGACGCCGAACAUGCCCGUCAGCUUCGUUACCUGGGCAGCAAUACGCCGGAAAGCAAUGAAUACUAUUCUCGUUGGGUUCUGGAGGAGCGCAGGAAUGUUGUUGAUGUUAUUGUGCAGUUCCCUUCCGUCCGGAUCUCCGCGGACUAUCUGCUCGAGUUACUGCCUCGAAUAAAACCAAGGUUCUACAGUAUCUCAUCCUCUCCUCUGCGGGAUUCCAACAGGCUACAUUUGACUGUUGCCAUUGUGGCCGAACAGACACCGAACGGAUCAACUUUCAAAGGUUUGACGACACAGUGGCUGGAGGCCCUCGUCCCUGGGAAAUCUGCUGAUCGCUCAAAUGGAUCUCCAAUUUUCCUACCAAUCUACCAUGAGAUCAGUUCUUUCCAUCUUCCUCGGAGUCACAACAUUUCUGUGAUCAUGGUUGCAGCCGGCGCUGGGCUGGCUCCGUUUCGUUCUUUCAUCCGUGAACGUCUUGAACAGACGCGUAUAAAUGAUGUCGUUAGCAGGGGAGGUCAUGAAAUAUAUAUUCCAAUUGAGAUCACCCAGGUCCCGUUUUUGAACAUUAAAUGCUUCCCGUCCCUUGGACAUGAUAUUCAAGACAGUUUCAGAUGGAAUUAUCUACAUAAAUCCUUGAUUCCACCAACUAACUUUGAUCUUUUUCUGGACUUAGGAUUCAAAUCGGCCCGUAUGCUGCUCUUCUUUGGUUGCCGACAUGAGGCUGAAGAUUUCUUGUAUUUUGACGAGCUUCUGGCUGCUAGGAACGCCGGCCUACUUGAACUGCAUUUAGCCUUCUCGCGCGAUUCCCCAAAUGAAGCAAAAGUGUAUGUCCAACACCGGAUGCUUGAGGCGGCUGGAGAGAUUUGGCACCUUUUGGACGAGUGUAAUGCUCAUUUUUAUGUAUGUGGAUCAGCGAAAACCAUGUCCAGAGAUGUCCGUAAAUGUCUGCUCACUGUGAUUGAAACCAAAGGACGCAGGUCAACAAGUCAAGCCGAAGUCUAUGUGAAACGGUUACGUGCUGAUGGGCGAUAUCACGUGGAUGUUUGGGGCUAACGGUUUACUUUCAUGUAUGUCGCAUGCUCUGCAUAAUCAAGUAGUUGACAAUGACAAACUCGUGGCUUCUUGUACAGUCUUACUUUCCUACACCCCAACAAAAAAU